GGGAGGCGAACCUUCGGCGGCGGGCGCGGCUGCGCGCUCCUGGGGGCGCUCCUGGCCAUUCCUCUCGCCACUGCAUGAAUGGACAUUUGAACGUGCUGUUGUCAAACACCUGCGAGCAUGGAGACCUCAUCAGUGCUUUCCUCUUUAAACGAUGAGUGUAAAUCAGACAACUACGUUGAGCCUCACUACAAGGAAUGGUAUCGGGUAGCCAUUGAUACUCUGAUUGAACAUGGGUUGGAAGCAUACCAAGAAUUUCUUACGAAGGAACGAGUUUCAGAAUUUUUAGCUGAGGAAGAAAUUAAUUAUAUUUUGAAAAAUGUCCAGAAAGUUCCACAAAGUACAACAUACGGUCCUGACAACAAUUCGUGCGAUGAUGCUUCAUCUUCGGGGACUUACUGGCCCAUUGAGUCUGAUGUGGAGGCUCCAAACCUUGACUUAGGAUGGCCAUACGUAAUGCCUGGACUCUUAGGAGGGACCCACAUAGACCUCCUCUUUCACCCACCAAGAGCACAGCUUCUUACAAUAAAGGAGACUAUUCGGAAGAUGAUAAAGGAAGCAAGAAAGGUCAUUGCUUUAGUAAUGGAUGUAUUUACAGAUGUGGAUAUUUUCAAAGAAAUAGUUGACGCAUCAUCUCGAGGGAUAUCUGUAUACAUUCUGCUCGAUGAGUACAAUUUUAAUCAUUUUCUAAAUAUGACUGAGAAACAAGGUUGUCAAGUGCAACGUCUCAGGAAUAUUCGAGUGCGGACAGUAAAAGGCCAAGAUUAUAUUUCAAAAACAGGAGCAAAAUUCCAUGGAAAAUCGGAACAGAAAUUUUUAUUAGUUGACUGCCAGAAAGUUAUAUACGGUUCUUACAGCUACAUGUGGUCAUUUGAAAAAGCUCACCUCAGCAUGGUUCAGAUAAUCACAGGACAACUGGUUGAGUCCUUUGAUGAAGAAUUUAGAACUCUGUAUGCUAGAUCCUGUGUCCCCAGUUCAUUUGCUCAGGAAGAAUCAGCAAGGGUGAAACAUGGCAAAGCGCUCUGGGAGAACGGUACUUACCAGCGUUCGGUUUCUUCAUUAGCGUCUGUUUCCAGCCAAAGAAAUCUUUUUGGUAGACAAGACAAUUUUCAUAAACUAGAAUCUAGUUACUUCAAAAACAGAGGGAUAUAUACACGAAAUGAACAUGACAAAUAUAACAUAAGAAAUCACGGAUACAAACCUCAUUUUGUUCCAAACUUUAAUGGCCCAAGUAAAAUCCGUCAGUAUCAACCCAGUCAGAUAAAUGAAAAUUGGAAAAGACAUAGUUAUGCUGGGGAACAGCCAGAAACAACUCCAUUCCUGCUGCUUAACAGGGCUCUGAAUCGAACUAAUAAUCCACCUGGUCAUUGGAAGAGGCCUUCAGAUAGUCUCAGUGUGGCAUCGUCAUCACGGGGAGGCUGUGCAAACCAACAUCACACACCUGCCCAGAGUUUUGCCAAUCGGCUUGCUCAGAGAAAAAUAACAAAUCUCCCAGACAGGAAUUCAAAUGUGCGGAGGUCUUUUAAUGGGACAGAUAAUCAUAUUCGCUUUUUGCAACAACGAAUGCCAACCCUGGAACAUACCACAAAGUCAUUCCUGCGUAACUGGAGAAUUGAAUCCUACUUAAAUGAUCAUUCAGAAGCUAUUCCUGAAUCAAAUGGAUCAGCUCUAGGUGACCGGUUUGAAAGCUAUGAUAGUUCUGAGAAUUUGAAAGCCAAUGCCCUUUAUACUCAUUCUCGACUUCGUUCAUCUUUUGUAUUUAAACCAACUUUACCUGAGCAGCAAGAAGUUAACAGCUGUACAACUGGCUCCUCAAAUUCAACUAUCACUGGUUCCCAGGGAAGUGACGUGCCUAAAGAGGUCCCAGAUACCCCUACAAGUGUACAGCAUUUGACAGACAAACCCUUACAAGAAUCAGUCCCCAAGGUUCUGUUGCAGUCAGAGACACCAAUAAUGCACACUUUGCAGGUUCCUGAAAACCACUCAGCAGUCUUAAAUCAUACUACAAAUGGCCAUACAGAUUCAAACAACUAUUUAUAUACAACUUUGUGUGUAAAUAAGCAGACAGAAAAUCUAAAGAACCAACAGAAUGAGAAUCUGCUUAAAAGGCGAAGUUUCCCAAUCUUUGACCACACAAAAGCCAAUUUAGAUCAUGGAAAUAGUAAGCAUUAUGUAUAUAGUACACUCACCAGGAAUCGAGUUAGACAACCAGAAAAACCCAAAGAGGAGCUACUGAAAAGUUCUAAAAGCAUGCACAAUGUGACCCAUAACAUGGAAGAGGAUGAUGAAGUUGUCAAGAGAGACCCUCCAACCAGCGCCACUACCAAGUCAAUUUCCAUUGCUGCUUUACUUGAUGUGAACAAAGAGGAGCCCAACAAAGAACUCACUUCAAAGAAGGAAGUUAAAGGUUCCCCAAGUUUUUUGAAAAAAGGAUCCCAGAAGUUAAGGUCAUUACUUAGCCUUACUCCAGAAAAGAAAGAAAAUCUAUCCAAAAAUAAAGCACCCGCCUUUUAUAGAAUGUGUAGUAGUUCUGAUACUUUAGUUUCUGAGGGUGAAGAAAAUCAAAAACCCAAAAAAUCAGAGCCAAAAGUUGAUUCAUCUCCUAGAAGAAAGCAUUCUUCUUCUUCAAACUCUCAAGGCAGUAUCCACAAGAGUAAGGAAGAUGUCACAGUUAGCUCAUUUCAGGGGCUGAAUUCUCCAUCUGAAGAAACUAGUAAAAUAAUACCUUCUCCAGGUCCAGUUGAAAGGGCGGGAGAUGCCUCUGCCCCAAGAUUUAACACAGAACAGAUCCAAUACCAAGAUUCCAAGAUCAGUGCAGUUGUGUCCCCUGAAAGAAAACCAGCUCCUUCUCCAAGGCUAAAGCCCAACGAGCUUCUAAGAUCUCAAUCAACUGACCGACGAGUUUACAGUCGUUUUGAGCCCUUUUGUAAGAUUGAGAGCACUAUUCAGCCAGCCAGCAACAUGCCAAAUACCAGUGCACACCAUCCAGAAGUAAAAUCCACAACUAUGGGCAACAAUUAUGGCAGGUCAAACCCAAUGCUUAAUUACAGCAGUGGUGUUUAUCGCUCAUAUCAGCCCAAUGAAAGCAAAUUUCGAGGAUUUAUGCAAAAGUUUGGAAACUUCAUACACAAAAAUAAGUGAAAUACCAUAAUUUCAAAUAGAUAUUAAAAUACAAAUUAAUGUUGUUUUAUUUGUCCAAAGAACACUGUGGACCAAUCUGCAAUAGACUGAUAGAUUUCUGAAUGGGUGAAAUUUUGGAUCUUAUGUGUAUAUUUACGAGACACUAAUGCACAGUAAAGGUGUUAUUGUUCUAUAUGAUAAAGUUAGCUGUGCAUAAUUACACUGUCAAUGGAAUUUCUCUGUAAACAUAUGAUUGUUAUGGUAACGGUGAAAACCAAAUGUAAUUAAAUUGUUUUUUUCAGACUGAAGAUCUUAAGUCUUAAAUUGAUACUAUAGUGGAGGGAUGCUGUAUGGAUUUUAUCUUCUUGUUCCGAAGUCUGUUAAAAAAGCAUCAUAAUAGUAAUCAGGGACCUGUUUUAACAUGUCUUUAUGGGGUUUACAUGUCUUCAAAAAUGUAAGAACACAAGAAGCCUUUUUUUGUUUUUAACUGUAAAUUCUACAAGACAGCUUGUUAUAUUGUAUUAAUGUUAUUAAUUUUCCUAUAGAGCACAAGAAAAUACAACUGGUUGGUUAGCAAAAGUACAAUUUAAACUGUAUAACUUAGUGAAAUUUUUAUUUUGCCUGAGGUGUUUGCAAAGUGUCAGCCUCAGGUAGUACAAGUACAUCACAGGAGUUUAUUUUCCUGAUUCUUUGAAAAACAUCCAGAAUGUGUUUCUUUCCACUCUAGAAAUAGGGAGACUGUAUCUACUUACCCACUGGCUGCUGUUCUGUAGUCAUUCCUUACUUCAAAUUUACAGCAAGCCAGCAGGAAUUUAGAAAACCUCCACUCUUCACCUCCCUUUUUAGUAUAUAAAAACUUUUAGAAAUUAAGUUAAGAUGACAAUUCUUAGGAAUUUUGCUUGCAAAAUUCUUUGCUCUUUUUUUCAAACUGGGCCAAAUAUGAUGUGACCACAUAGUGUUUUCAUAAGAAUAUCAUCCUGAAAAUGAGAAGUAUACUUAAGACUAGUUCUUCCAUGACCAUGUGGCCUACUAGAAGGUCUUAAAUCUUUCUGUAUCUUAAUUUGUUGAUGAUAUUCAGAUUAUAAGAUACUCUUUACCUUUCUUAGAGUAAUAAAAUAAAAGCUCCAUGUUUAUCACAGAGACUUUAACUUGGUUUUCCUCCAUUCAUAAAUAAUAGAAUUCAGGAAACAAUGCAUCAUUUCAGAAGUUUCAAGUAUUUCUACAACACAUUAUAUGUAUUAUUUAACACCUUCUAGAUUGGUAUGUAGGGCAUUAUGCAAUUGUUCUAGAAAUUUAUGAUUCAGCCAUGCAUUUAUAAUUCUAUCAUUAAAAUAAUUAAAAUAAUGGAACUAAUAUCUAUGUAAUUAAAAUAAUUUCCAUUAGUUUAUAAAAAAACAUGAAAGGAAACAUAGCAUGGAAGCAUAACUAACAAUUAUUGAGCACUUACUGUAGACCAGGUAAUGAACUAGAACCUUAAGUUCUAACUCACUAUUUUGUGGGUACCAUUGUCCUCAUUAUUUAUAGAUGAGAAAUGAGAUGAUAAUUGGGACUCAGAGAAGUAAUGUCCCAAUUCAUAAAUCAUAAGUAAUGACUCUAAAGUGCCUGUAACAUUCUGUCACCUACCAAAAGCAUUCAGUGCCUACUUGACCAAAUCGGGCAAGGAUUCAAUGAGAGAAAGUUUAUGAAAGCACAUAGCCUAUUUCCUGACUCAAUAGCAAUCAACCAGGAAAGACUAAGUUGAUUUUCACCAGACAACAAGGACACAAAAGGGUUUAGAUUAAUCACAGUAGGUGAGAUUAGGGAAUUAAAUAGACAGUAAUUUCUGAAUAUAAUCUGAUAGGACUGGUUUUAAUUGCCAGGUGGCCAUUUUGAUCUCCUUCCCAUCUACCUGAAGCAGUAAGAGGAAGGAAAACGAGCCAGAAGUGAGUUGUAAUCUGCUCCCUGGGCUUCUGUGCUAGAGAAAGUAGUCCAUUAGGUUAGGAGGCUGGUUGGGGAAAAGGAGUUCCAUAUUAAACAGAUUAUCUCAUUAAAUAUUCACAAUAACCCUGUGAAUUUAAGUAUGUCCCUUUGCAAAUGAGAAAACCAAGUCUCAGAGAACUUAAGUAACCCAAAAGUAAAACAGCUCUGAAUUGUCAGAGCAAGAGUUUGAACAUUGGUGGUUUGGAAUUGUAUAUACUCCAGAAAAACAUGUUCUUAAAGUUAAUGCAUUUCUGUGGGUGUGAACCCAUUGUCAGUAGGACUUUUUGAUGAGGUUCCCUCAGUUAAGUUGUAGCCUGCCUCAGUCAGGAUGGGACUUAAUCCUAUUACUGGAGUCCUUUAUAAGAGAAUGAAAUUCGUUCAGAGAGAAAGCCACAGGAAGCAAGAAGCUGACAUGGAGCCUGCAAGAGCCCAGGAGAUGCCACCAUAUGCC